ACAACAAAGAUGAGCCAUAUUAGAUUGACUCAAGUUCUGAUUCACAAUAAUCCAGCGAGUUUCAACUCACCUCUGAUAUUCGACAUCACAUUCGAAUGUGUUCAACCUAUAGCUGCAGACUUGGAGUGGAAGGUAGUAUAUGUAGGAUCAGCAGAUAGUGAAAAGAAUGAUCAAUUAUUGGACAGUAUAUGGUUGGGACCAGUGAAUGUUGGAAGCAACCAGUUUGUGUUUGAGGUUGAGCCUCCCGAUUACUCGCGCAUCCCAAAGGAUGAUCUGCUAGGUGUCACCGUCGUCUUCCUUUUCUGCGCAUACAAGGGCGAGGACUUUAUCAGAGUUGGCUACUACGUUAGCAAUGAAUAUAGUGAUCCAGAGUUGGCUUCAAACCCACCAGAGACACCAGAUGUAUCGCGAGUUGUUAGGAAUAUAUUAGCAGAGAAGCCAGUUGUUACGGGAUUCCCAAUCCGAUGGGACUAA